CUCCAAACUCCCUGAACUUGCUUCACAGGCAGUCCCCGACCGGGAGAAACUCUCAGGGACCCCCACUUGGGCAGCACCCCUGGACGACCUCCCCUGGCCAAGACCCCUGCUGACAAGUGCCUGGACUCUGAGACCCUCGGGGGCCCGGCCAGCCGGCCGGCCAGAGCUGACUGUCCCCAGCCCCGUGCCAGGCCACGAUGCUCAUGAGGAAAGUGCCCGGCUUUGUCCCGGCCUCCCCGUGGGGGCUGCGGUUGCCGCAGAAGUUCCUCUUCCUUCUCUUCCUCUCAGGCCUCUUCACCCUGUGCUUCGGGGCCCUCUUUCUGCUGCCCAACUCCUCUCGCUUCAAGCGCCUCUUCCUGGCCCCCCGGACCCAGCAGCCGGGCCUGGAGGUAAUGGCCGAAGUCCCCGGCCAUCCCCCGGCCCGAGAGCAAGAGUCGCCCCCCAACCCAGCGCCUGCAGCGCCAGCCCCAGGUGAGGACGGCCCCAGCAGCCAAGCCAGUACCCGCCGCAGGAAAGGGUGGCUGCGGCGUACCCACCCCACCAGGCCAAGGGAAGAGGCCACAGCGGCCCGGAGCAGCGGCGUCGAGGCCCUCAGACCUCAGGAGGCGAGCAUCCCAUUUAGCUUUGACUUUAACGCGUUCCGAAGCCGCCUCCGCCACCCGGUCCUGGGGACUAGAACCGAUGACACUGAGGAGCCCCAGAACCUAGUUAAAACCCAGCGGGAGAAAAUCAAGGAGAUGAUGCAGUUCGCCUGGCAGAGCUACAAGCGUUAUGCGAUGGGGAAAAACGAGCUCCGGCCCCUCACAAAGGAUGGCUACGAGGGCAGCAUGUUCGGAGGCCUCAGCGGGGCCACGGUCAUUGACUCCCUCGACACCCUCUACCUCAUGGAGCUGAAGGAGGAGUUCCAGGAGGCCAAGGCCUGGGUUGAAGAGAACUUCCACCUGAACGUGAGUGGAGAAGCAUCUUUGUUUGAGGUGAACAUCCGGUACAUCGGAGGACUCCUCUCAGCCUUCUACCUGACAGGAGAGGAGGUGUUCCGAACAAAGGCCAUCGAGCUUGGAGAGAAACUCCUACCGGCCUUCAGCACCCCCACGGGAAUCCCGAAGAGUGUCGUGAACUUCAAAAGUGGCUCCAACAGGAGCUGGGGCUGGACCAUGGCCGGGAGCAGCAGCAUCCUGGCGGAGUUUGGAUCCCUGCACUUGGAGUUCUUACACCUCACUGAGCUCUCUGGCAACCAGGUCUUUGCUGAAAAGGUCAGGCACAUCCGGAAAGUCCUCAGGAAGAUCGAGAAGCCAUUCGGCCUCUACCCCAACUUCAUCAGUCCAGUGAGUGGGAACUGGAUGCAACACCACGUCUCGGUUGGAGGACUCGGGGACAGUUUUUAUGAAUAUUUGAUUAAAUCCUGGUUGAUGUCGGCCAAGACAGAUAUGGAGGCUAAAGAUAUGUACUACGAAGCCUUGAAGGCAAUAGAAACCCAUUUGCUGAAUGUGUCUCCCGGGGGGCUGACCUACAUUGCUGAGUGGCGAGGGGGGAUUCUGGACCACAAGAUGGGGCACCUGGCCUGUUUCUCUGGGGGCAUGAUCGCCCUCGGCGCAGAGGAUGCUGAGGAGGACAAGAGGGCCCACUACCGAGAGCUUGCAGCCCAGAUCACUAAGACGUGCCACGAGUCGUAUGACCGCUCAGACACCAAGCUGGGGCCCGAGGCCUUCUGGUUUAACUCUGGCAGAGAGGCGGUGGCCACGCAGCUGAGCGAGAGCUACUACAUCCUGCGGCCCGAGGUGGUGGAGAGCUAUAUGUACCUGUGGCGGCAGACGCACAACCCCGUCUACAGGGAGUGGGGCUGGGAAGUGGUGAUGGCCUUGGAGAAACACUGUCGGACUGAAGCCGGUUUCUCGGGAAUCCAGGACGUGUACAGCAGCAUUCCCAACCACGACAACAAACAGCAGACCUUCUUUCUGGCGGAGACACUGAAGUAUCUCUAUCUUCUGUUCUCUGAAGAUGACACGCUCUCCCUGGAAGACUGGGUGUUCAACACGGAGGCCCACCCACUCCCCGUGAACCACUCGGACAGCGCCAGCAGGGUCGGGGACCAACUCUGACGCCAUCUCCCUGCUGCUCCCCAGGCCGCCGCAGCGACGCCUUGCUUUUUAGGUUUCGGGACUGUUCUCAAAAGGCCUGGGGACACAGGCCCAUUCCAGGCAGAUAUGCUGACAAGCAACUUCUUUUCCUCUGUGAGGAGACAGACUUGGGGACACAGUGAUGUCAUCCCAGGCCCACAUUCCUUUCUACGAAGAAUUUCUAUGAAACCCACCCAGUUGCCAUUCCAGGGCCAAAGGACUGGAGGUUUGCACAUCGACCCCAUGUAUUUGGUUCAUUUUCUUUCCUUUUUGGGGUACUUUUGUUUUUGCUUGAUUUUGCCUUUUCUCAACAGUUGUGUUUUAUCACAGAUUAUAAGUCGUUUUCAAAAUCAUGUGCUUUCAAAAACAGUCACUCUGAUCAACUAAACCUUAAAGUGUUUGUACAAAAACCUUGAUCUUAUUUUCUAUAUUUUAAAUGCCAUUGCCCAACAUUGACUAUAUGUUCAACUAUGUGUCAUUUACUUAGAAUUUGAGGAGGGUUCCCCUUUGAUUUUGGCCUAAGUGUUACGAAUCACUAGUGCUAUUUUCAUUAUUGUCAUGGACAAAUCUAUAAACUUACAAUAAAAGAGUUUAUUGAAUAAGAAA